AUGAGCAUCGAUACACAACCUCAGGUUGUCUCACCGGCUUCCGCUUCAACAUCAACCUCCCUCACUACUCCUAUCACCAAAUCAGGAGAUACCUCUAAAGAAAAAUAUCCAGACUCAGAGACACAAGUAAUAUCACCAACCCCAACCACAGAGCAAGACAAAGAAAAGGCAACAGAAGACCGCAAACCAUCAGCCUACACCCCAACAACCCUUCUAACAACUCUCCUCUCCCCAUUCACCUUCUCAUCAACACCCUCAUCCUCACCCUCGCCUGCACCUCCACCACCAGAACCAUAUUAUACCCCAGCAGAAACCCCCCUCUUCAAAACCCUCCAAAAAAGCCGCCUCACGCGCACACGCGAGAAACAACUCCUCCGCGCUGCAGAGCGUGACUAUAAUGAUCCGCCUCCGCCGCCUGGGCUCGAAACAAAAGUAUCGGGUCGUCAACGAGCGGGUGGCCAGACCAACGACAGGCGCCAAAUCCGGGACGAGCUAAUCAAUGGCCUAAUUGCCGGUAGAGAUACCACCGCCGGUCUCCUGAGCAACCUAUUUUUCUUGCUGGCCAAACACCAAGAGGCAUGGACAAGACUGCAGGAUGAGGUCAACAGUGCGCUCAAUGGCCGUCUUCCCAACUAUGAAGAUCUGCGCCAGAUGAAAUAUCUCCGAUAUUGCGUGAACGAGGCCCUCCGACUAUAUCCCGUGGUGCCAAUUAAUGCCAGGCUCGCAAAAAACAAUACAUGCCUCCCCGUCGGCGGUGGACCUGAUGCACAAUCACCGGUAUUUGUUCCGAAAGACACCAUGGUCAUAUACAGCGUGUAUUCAAUUCACCGACGAGAGGAUCUAUACGGACCCAAUUCCAAUGAAUUCUGGCCUGAACGGUGGGACUCCAUUCGGCCGGGAUGGGGCUAUCUUCCUUUCAAUGGUGGUCCACGAAUCUGUCUGGGCCAGCAGUAUGCUUUGGCAGAGGCUGGAUACGUGACCGUCCGGCUGGCGCAGCGAUUCCGUAAGCUCGAGAGUCGUGAUCCGGGGGAGUGGCAAGAGAGCCUUUCGUUGACGUUAAGAUCUCGAAAUGGGACCAAGAAUCGUCAUCUUUCAUUCAAGCGGAUGCACACCAAAGUCACAUCCACAUAUGAAUGCCAGACCCAGGUCGAAGUCGCACAAGCUCAGGAUGGGAACAAGGAAGUAGAUUAG